GCGCCGUGAAAGCAGGCGCCUGAGGACGGCUAGCGCCCAAAUAAAAACCCUAUCACACCCUCACUCUCCAUGACAACAUCGCGCAUGCUCCUGCUCAUCGCCGCGCGGUCGACGGCGCUCCCGUCGACGCGACAGCCCAUCACACGCGCCCGCGCGCUCGCGUCCGCCGCCUGGGUCGGCGACGCCUACGCCGCGGAGCUCGCCGCCGCCGUCGGCGCCGUCGCGGAGGCCUGCGGCGUCGCCAAGGCGCUGCAGCGGCGCGGCGUCGACGGGUUUUCAAAAUCGGACGCGUCGCCGGUAACGAUAGCGGACCUCGCGGUGCAGGCCGUCGUCAUCCGGCGGCUCCACGACGCGUUCCCCGGCGACGCCUUCAUCGCCGAGGAGUCGGCGACGGCCAUGCUCGCCUUCGAGGGCGGGCGCGCGGCGCUCGAGGACGCCGCGGACGCGUGCGGGCUGUCCGUCGCUUCUUUGACGGAGCACGUCGACCGCGGCCGCGCGCCGCGGGCCGGCGCCGCGCGGACCUGGGUCCUGGACCCCGUCGACGGCACGAAGGGCUUCCUGCGCGGCGCCCAGUUCUGCUGCGCGCUCGCGCUCGUCGACGGCGUCCCGGGCGAAGGCCGCGACGCGACGCUCGGCGUCCUCGGCUGCCCGAACCUCGCGGCGACCUGCGAGCUGCCGGCGGGCGACCCCAUGGACGCGGCGGGCGUGGUCGUCGCCGCCGCGCGGGGCCGCGGCGCCCACUUCGCGCCGCUCGCCGACGUCGACCGCUGGACGCGCGCGCGGAGCUCCGGCAACGCCUUCGCCGCGGGGCGGCUCGUCGAGGGCGUCGCGCUGUCGCACAGCGACCACGACGCGUCGGCGCGGGCCGCGGCGGACCUCGGCAUCUCCCGGCCGCCGCUGCGCCUCGACUCGCAGGCCAAGGCCGCCUUGCUCGCGAACGGCCAGGCGGAGCUCUUCACGCGGCUCCCGACGGCGGGCUACGUCGAGAAGGUCUGGGACUUCGCCGCGGCGAAGGUCGUCAUCACGGAGGCCGGCGGCGCGAUCAGCGACCUCGACGGCGACGACAUCGACGUGGACCUCGGCGAGUGCCUCUCGCCCAAGGUCGCGGGCAUCGUCGCGACGUCGUCGCCGGCGCUCCAGCCCGCCGCCCUCGCCGCCGUCCACACGGCCUUCGACAUCAAGACGACGAGCGACUGGGCCGAGGCCACGGACCUGCGCACGCGCGACGAGCUGCAGGCGGAGCUCAGCCGGCUCCGGUCGCUCGCCCUGAUGUGCGUCAACGCGAAGAUGGACAACAAGCGCAUCGAGGACAAGCUGGACGUGACCAAGGAGAAGAAGAAGGAGAUCGCCAAGGACCCCGCGACGACGAAGCUCCUCAAGGACUGCAUGCGCGAGAACCCCCUCUUCAAGCGGUGCCGCGGCGAGGAGACGGACGAGCUCGUGGGCCAGUUCGAGCAGGUGUCCUACGGCGCGUCGAAGCAGAUCAUCACCCAGGGCGAGACGGGCGACACGUUCUACGUCAUCGAGAGCGGCAUCUGCGACGCCUUCAUCAAGGGCACGUCCAAGGCCGUCGCGUCGCCCGCGCGCGGCAUGGGCUUCGGCGAGCUGGCUCUCAUGUACAACACGCCGCGCGCGGCGUCCAUCACGGCGCGCACGGACGUCGUGCUCUGGAAGAUCGAGCGCCAGGAGUACCGCCUCGUGCUCGCGUCCCACGCCCAGAAGCGGUCCAAGGAGUAUAAAGAGCUCCUGUCCGAGGUCGUGCUCCAGAACGAGGGCAAGACGAAGAAGAAGCUGCUCAAGGACUGCAUCACGGACUCGCAGAUGACGAAGCUCGCCGACGCCAUGGACGAGGACAACGUCGCCGCGGGCCACAACAUCAUCUGCGAGGGCGACGAGGGCCACACGUUCUUCAUCAUCGCCGACGGCGAGGUCGUCGUCAGGGCAGGACAAGGGUGAUUCAACGUCGCUUCAACGUGAGUGUUCCGCGCGCGCGCGUUUCGGAAACAGCACCCACGCUUCGAGAGCGCUCCG